UCCAGAACACCAAUCACUGAAACACUCAUUAUUUACCAAAGAAAAAUCAUGUCUCUUGGUUUUUUGAUCAAGCUGAAGAUUCUGUGGGCAAUUAAUGAUAUACAAAAGAUCUACUACCCGGUCUUAGCUGGGUUUGGAGUCCCAGUGAAUGUGGUGACAAUUAUGAUCCUAAUUCGGGGGAGGUGUGGACUUUCAAAAUGUGUUACUCAUUACCUGGUGGCCAUGGCUGUGACAGAUCUGUUGGUCGUGAUCUUUGAUCUGAUAUUACGACAAAUUCCUAUUACACAUCGAGGAGAGUUUCUUUUUCUGAAGUCUGUCCCCCUGUGCAACAUCCAUGCCAUUCUGCUUUACGCUUCCACAGACUGUUCUGUCUGGUUCACAGUGGCGUUCACCUUUGAUCGAUUUGUAGCCAUAUGCUGCCAAAAGCUGAAAAUUAAACUUUGCACCAAGAAAACAGCAUGUGUGGUUUUAGGAACAGUGACUGUGCUGAGUUGUUUGAAGAACAUUUUCUGGUAUUUCUUGUAUUCAAGUAGAUACUGGCUUUCUAAUAGCCCAUGGUUUUGUAGCGUGACAUAUACUGUACUUACUUCAAUUGUCUGGGCCAUUGUUGAAUUGAUGCAUUACAUAAUUACACCGUUCAUUCCAUUUAUUUUCAUUCUACUGUUUAACACAUUGACAGUCAGAAACAUUAUUUUAGCCAACAGAGCUCGCAGGAGACUCCGGUGUCAGGCCACAGGGGGAAGCCCCAGUGACCCAGAGAUGGGAAGUCGAAGGAAAUCUAUGGUCAUGCUAUUUGUUAUUUCUGGCAAUUUCAUCGUGUUAUGGAUUGUGUUCAUUAUUUAUUCCAUAUUGAAACGAUUUGAUUACUUGGGAUAUCCAGUUGCUCUGCCAACAUUU